AUGUAAAAGUUUUCAACUGUCAGAUAAUAACUUUAACCUCUUUUCCCAAUCGAUUAGAAUACUACCGUCAAAUUUAAACCAAGAUCUUCAUCUUACUGUGAAAGAAUCAAAUAACUCUAAUAGAGAACUGUAUCAUAAAUGCCCAAAUGCAGAAAAAGCAUUAUAUUUUGUAUGGGUGAAACCAGUCGAUUGAAUUCCUUCCUAAUCAAAUCAAAACCAAAAUAUGUCAGUAAAACUAACACCCGUCAUUAAACAUUGCAAAAUGAAAAUUCAAUAAAUUAUGACAUAUCACCUUGGGAGAAUUAUUCACCAACUUGA